AUACACUACCACACUGAAUGCUCCGUAUUAUUCUUUUUACGCUUAGCAUAGCUCAUUAAAUACGACAUCAAUUUUUAAAAUUAUUUAUAUUAAGUGAAAAAAUUUUGAAAUAUAAGGUCGACAUGUUUCCGGAUCCAAAUUUAAUUGUGUGGCUUAAUGGUAGAACUUGACAUUUGCUAAAGUUUCAAACUCCAUAACGAAGUUAAUAUCAAUACAUCAAACGAGACGCAACAAGUAUCGACGGGUAUGCACAAGCCGACAACCCACAAUAAUGAGAAGUCGAUGGUAGCAGCAUCAGUAAACCAUUAUAAUCAAGUGGUUGUAGUCGCCAAAAAAACAAACUCGAUGUCAAUACCAAUACCAAUACCAAUACCAACAUUAAAACAAGUAACAAGUCGAGAACAAUCACACUCGAGAGUAGCGACUAAUGGUAAUGGUUUAUUAUCAGUCACAUUGUCGUCAUCAUCGCAGUGCUACUGCAUGAAGUACUGCCAAUCACCAACUGGGAUUCACGAUUGGCGGGAUUGUCAGGUGCCUGGAAUAAGAAUUAGCAAAACUACAAAUGCAUUUCGAUCUACAGCCUUUGAUAACUGUACACGCACGUCAGCAAAAGAGCGAGAUCGAAAUCAAACUAGAACAACAACACGUUUAAACCCAACGAUGCAUCGAAAAUCCAAAAGUAAAUGCAAGACUAAAUCCAAGGAAACUGUUGUCUCUGAACUUGUGUCCAGUGGGAUGAUCCCUCAAAUUAAUCAUAGGCACUACGAUAUUGGCAUUAACCAUAAUAAGCCCCAACAAGAACCUCAAAUUCAGGAAGAUACCGAGCAGCCGACAGAACAUACUUCCACCAAGAUUAUGGCAUCUACUCUAAAUGUAGAAAACAACCGGAGGAGGAUUACGGAUAGCACCAAUAACACCAUCAGCAACAAUGGCAACACCAAGCAAAGGAAGAAGACCACUCAAGCGCGAUUUAAAAUGUUAGUGCCGAUACCCACGUUGGGCGCCACUUCGUUCGUCACUUUCCUCACAAUCAUCUGCAUAGAAACCGUUCUACUUUCGACAAUGACUAGCUGUGCUAAAACAUUUUACAUGCAUUGGAACACGUCGAACAGCAUAUUUCGGAUUGACAACACUGAUCACAUUAUUGACGUGAAUAAGGGAAAUCUAGCCUUUGAAUUUGACCAAGUGCAUAUAAUAUGUCCAGUUUACGAACCGGGAGCAUUUGAGAAUGAAACAGAGAAAUAUAUCAUAUACAAUGUUUCGAAAGUAGAGUAUGAAACAUGUCGCAUAACGAACGCCGAUCCGCGAGUAAUAGCUAUAUGUGAUAAGCCCCAAAAAUUAAUGUUUUUUACUAUAACUUUCCGGCCAUUUACACCGCAACCAGGUGGUUUAGAGUUCCUACCUGGAAAUGAUUACUAUUUCAUUUCAACUUCAUCAAAGGACGACUUGUAUCGACGAAUUGGAGGCCGCUGUUCAACAAAUAAUAUGAAAGUUGUAUUCAAAGUGUGUUGUGCAGCAGAUGAGAAAAAUCGAACAUCGCAGGAGACAACACUUGGACCGGCAGACAGUGGUGGCGUGUUAUCUGUUGGUAACGGGGUGGUGGAUAAUACUGGUGUUAAUACUGAUCACAACUCAAAUGUAAAUGUUAAGCUUGCCCACGGCCACGGGCAUAAUCACAAUACGAUUGGGAUCAGUAGCGGAAAUACUGGCUUAGUGCCACCAAUUGGAAACGGUGGAGGCCUUCAACUAAAGCCAAUUAAUGGAUUGGGUACAUCCAUCAACUCCAACAUUGAUCAAUUUAAUCGCGUGCCCUUGCAGCCAAACAUAAUUAGCAACAAUAUUGGUACUGAUAUUGAAAACGGGGCUUCAAUUGGCACUGGCGUUGGCAGUGGUGGCAUUAUCUUAUCACCUGGCCAUGGCAGUAUUAAUAUGUUGCCACCUGGGCGUGGUGGAGGCGUUCAUUUGCCGGCCCACACGGGUCACCAUCACAUCCAAACGGGAAUUCGCAUUAAUAAUGUGCCAACGCAGCAACAUAAUAAUCAACAACAACAUCCGCACCAUAAAAGCAGCAACAACAAUAUGAACUCGAAUGAUGACCAUCACAAUUAUGAUAAACAUCCAAAUGAGGUAGUCAAGAAUGAGGAACUCACAUAUAACAGUGGAUCAACGCGAACUAGUGGAACUAGUAAUAUUCAAGGAUACGUCUGGUCAUGGAUUUGGAUGGGCUUAUCCACUUCUCUCAGCACCAAUGCUAUUAAUUCAACAAUCGUGCUUGCUUUGCUGGUGGUAAUCAUAUUUAAUCACCUGUUCAAGGCUCAUCAAGCAACUUCUCGUCAUCGUGAAGAAGAACCCAUUAGCUGUUGAUCGCUGAAUUUAAAAACAGUUUGACAUAGCUGCUUCAUCAUAUUGAGGGCCAUUAAAUUAUACAAUACGUAUUGGUGGAAUUACAUAUAGAUAAUAAUUUUAUAGCGGACGGAGUAUGGAAGAAUUUUCGUCAAUAGAAUUAGUCGAUUUGAAUAUAUAUCGAUACGAGAAACGGAUAGUAAAAAGAAGGAGAAAGGUGAAAUAGUAUAAAUAAGUAAUAAGCAUAUGAAAAUUUCAACCGCAUUAAAACAUAGUUUAUAGCGAUUUUAGGUUUAAUGCAUACUUUUUAGGGUAAACAAUAAAAAACGGACAGAACGCCGAUAUAUAGAUUACUAUUUGCAUAUUUUAUAAAGAUCUUAAAAUCGAUUCAAAAUAAUUAAUACCACAUGACCUUAUAUAAUAAUGAGAGUCCAACAUAAUUAAAAUAUUUUAAUCCCAUUUUUUUUUUUGUCGACAUUGAUUAAAUGCAAAUCUAUCCAUUAUUUAUAUA